GAAAGAAUGUCACUAUCUAAUGACACCCAGUUCCAUCCUUCUUCAUUCCUACUUGUGGGCAUCCCAGGUCUGGAAGACGUGCACAUCUGGAUUGGAUUGCCCUUUUUAUUUUUGUAUCUCAUUGCACUCAUGGGGAAUGCUGUUGUUUUGUUUGUAAUCCAGACUGAGAAAAGCCUCCAUGAGCCCAUGUAUUACUUCCUGGCCAUGUUGGACACCAUUGACCUGGGUCUGUCCACAGCCACCAUUCCCAAAAUGCUGGGCAUCUUCUGGUUUAGCCUCAGGGAUAUAUCUUUUGGAGGCUGUCUUUGUCAGAUGUUCUUCAUCCACUUUUUUACAGUCAUGGAGAGUAUUGUGCUUGUGGCCAUGGCCUUUGACCGCUACGUUGCCAUUUGUAACCCCCUCCGGUACACCAUGAUCCUGACCAGCAAAAUCAUCAGCAUCAUUUCAGGCAUUGCUGUCCUGCGCAGCCUGUACAUGGUGCUUCCACUAGUGUUUCUCCUCCUAAGGCUGCCCUUCUGCGGGCACCGCACCAUCCCUCAUACCUACUGUGAACACAUGGGCAUUGCCCGUCUGGCAUGUGCCAGCAUCAAAGUGAAUAUUAUAUUUGGCCUUGUCAAUAUUUCUCUUUUAUUAUUUGAUGUACUCCUGAUUGCUAUAUCUUAUGUCAGAAUCCUCCAUGCUGUUUUCCACCUGCCCUCCUGGGAGGCCCGGUUCAAAGCUCUCAACACCUGUGGCUCACAUAUUGGUGUUAUCUUAGCCUUUUUCACACCAGCAUUUUUUUCUUUUUUAACACACCGUUUUGGCCAUAAUGUUCCCCAAUAUAUCCAUAUCUUUUUGGCUAAUUUGUAUGUGGUUGUACCCCCAGCCCUGAACCCUGUAAUCUAUGGGGUCAGGACCAAGCAGAUUCGAGAGCGAGUGCUAAGAAUUUUCUUUAAGAGAUACAGAUAA